GUGACUUGUUUCUGGUGCGAUAUAUUGGCAGACGAGUGUUUCUCAGUGACUCAAGAAGAUUUCCUGACAGAGGCCGAGGUCAUCAAGUACUGGCAGUAUGUGGAAAUAGGCGACCGCAGCGAGAUCAGUUCUUUCGUUUCUCAUGAAGUGUUUACUCUGGAUAAG